AGGAGGUGCGGGCACCAUGCCAUGGUCCCAAUUCGUCGCCAAGAGACAGCUGGCUUCCCCUCAGCGACUGGCUCCGAGAUCCUGAGGUCCUGAGGUAAUUGUUUCACACGGAAGCGCUCCGGCACCUCUCGACCGGAUGCGCGGCUGUGUGGGCUUGGGCGGGCUCACGCAACAAUGCCUGCGGCGACUGGCCUACCCCCAGCGGGCUGCCCCCGACCGCGGGUCUCGCUGUCUCUAUAGCAGCUUGGCCACCACGAGACGCCACUCCGUCAGCCCGGCACCGCUGGACAGGGGCGCAAGAGCCCCCUCGUACAGACUCCAGAGCUUCCGGGCAUACAGCGCCCCGGCGAACGCGAGCUCGCUCGAGAAGCGGAUCGCGGCCAUCCCCAUCGAGAGGUACCGCAACUUCUGCGUCAUAGCGCACAUAGACCAUGGCAAAAGCACGCUCAGCGACCGGCUGCUGGAGCUCACGGGCACCAUAUCGGCAAGCGACUCCAACAAGCAGAUCCUGGACAAGCUCGACGUCGAGCGCGAGCGCGGCAUCACGGUCAAGGCGCAGACGUGCACCAUGCUGUACCGGUACCGGGGCGAGGACUACCUGCUGCACCUGGUCGACACGCCCGGCCACGUCGACUUCCGCGCCGAGGUGACGCGGUCGUACGCCUCGUGCGGCGGCGCCCUGCUGCUGGUCGACGCCUCGCAGGGCGUGCAGGCCCAGACGGUGGCCAACUUCUACCUCGCCUUCGCCGAGGGCCUGACGCUGCUGCCCGUCGUCAACAAGAUCGACCUGCCCUCGGCCGACCCGGAGCGCGCGCUGCGCCAGCUGCGCGACACCUUUGAGCUCGACGUGGACGAGACGGGCCGGGGCGCCGUGCUCGUCAGCGCAAAGGCCGGCACCAACGUCGAGCGCGUGCUCCCGGCCGUCAUCGAGGGGAUUCCGGCGCCCGUCGGCGACGCGUCCAAGCCGCUGCGCCUGCUGCUGGUCGACUCGUGGUACGACACGUUCCGCGGCGUGGUGCUGCUCGUGCGCGUCUUCGACGGCACCGUGAGGCCGGGCGACCAGGUCGUGUCGCUCGCCACGGGCAACCGCUACACGGUCGGCGAGGUGGGCAUCCAGCACCCGAACCAGGUGCCGCAGACGGCGCUGCGACCCGGCCAGGUCGGCUACGUCUUCUUCAACCCGGGCAUGAAGCGGAUCCAGGACGCGAAGAUCGGCGACACCUUCACCACGGUCGGCAGCGAGAAGGCGGUCGAGCCGUACCCGGGCUUCGAGGAGCCCAAGCCCAUGGUCUUCGUGGCCGCCUUCCCGACAGACCAGGGCGACUACACGCGCCUGGCCGACAGCAUCGCCGAGCUGACGCUCAACGACCGCAGCGUGACGCUGCAGAAGGACUUCUCCGAGGCCCUGGGCGCCGGCUGGCGCCUCGGCUUCCUGGGCAGCCUGCACUGCUCCGUCUUCCAGGACCGGCUGCGCCAGGAGCACGGCGCCAACGUCAUCAUCACGGAGCCCUCGGUGCCCACAAAGGUGGUCUGGCGCGACGGCACCGAGACCAUCGUGACGAACCCGGCCCAGUUCCCGGACCACGAGAUGACCCACUCCAAGGUCGAGGGCCUCUACGAGCCCUUUGUCUCGGCCACCCUGGCGGUGCCCGAGGAGUACCUCGGGCGCGUCAUCGAGCUGUGCCAGAACGUCCGCGGCGAGCAGGAGAGCAUCGAGUUCUUUGGCGCCUCCCAGGUCAUCCUCAAAUAUGCGUUGCCGGCGUCGGCGCUGGUGGACGACCUGUUUGGCAAGCUCAAAGGCGCAUCAAAGGGAUACGCCACGCUCGACUACGAAGACGGGGGAUGGCGGAGGAGCGAUGUUGUGAAGCUGUCCCUCCUGGUCAACAAGGUGCCUGUUGACGCCAUCUGCAGGAUAGUGCACAGCUCGCAGGUGGACCGACUGGGGAGGAAAUGGGUCACCAAGCUCAAGGAGCAUGUUGACCGCCAGAUGUUUGAGGUCGUCAUCCAGGCCGCAGUCGGAAAGCGCAUCGUGGCUCGCGAGACCAUCAAGCCGUUCCGCAAAGACGUGUUGGCCAAGCUCCACGCCGCGGACCCUUCGCGGAGACGUAAGCUGCUAGAGAAGCAGAAGACUGGCCGCAAAAAGCUGCGUGCCAUCGGCAAUGUGACCAUUGAGCAGUCUUCGUUCCAGAAAUUCCUGGAGAAGUAAAAAAGAAAAAAAGAAGAAAAAAAGGAGAUUCGCGACAGGAUUUCCCUUUGUAUAGUUAUAUGAUCUGGAUACCCACCAACUCAACGUACACACCAAAGAGCCUGUGUGUAGCAGGAAAUAAGCGAGCGGCCAUUCUGUGCUACCCGUACUGUCGUGUCCACCACAGGCUUAGAGCCUAUCGUCAGGCCACUGGUCCACCAGCUCCUCGACCGAGGCGCCUUCCACAAGCCGCCCGAGAUUCUGCUUCACGCUGAGGCGGAUGUACUGCGAGCCAGAGCGUUGCAUGUAACCGCCGCCAACCCCCUGGAUAUCCGACCCCGCGUCCCCCCUUCCCGAGGAGAAGUGGCUAAAGAGCGGCGGCUGCACCGUCACGCAGACCGGCCGACCGCGCCCACGCCACUGCCCCGCCUCGCGCCCGCCGCCCUCCACCCCGCCUUCCCCGUCCCCGUGGUAGCGGCCGUCGCAC